AGCAGAAUUACCUACACUCCAACAGCUGUGGUGACAAUCAUGGAAUCACGGUCCUGAAACGAUUCUCUCGCCUAUUCUGACUACAUCGCCUUUCGUUACCAACAAUUCACUUCCCCCCUCUCUUCUCGAGUUUAUCCUGCGUUUAGGGGCUUGGGCUGCUCGCUCCUCUAGAGCCCUCGCCAGCUAUUCCUCACGAUGAAGCCAACUGUGUUCCGCCUCUUUUUGUUUGCGGUACUUCUCGUUCUUGUUGCGGCCUGGACGAAAGAGGAUUAUGAAAUCUUCCGUCUCAAUGAUGAGAUCAUCGCCCAUGAAGGCGCAAACGUGACCUUUUACGACUUCCUCGAAGUCAAGCCCAGCGCCAGCCAAGACGAUCUAAAUAAGGCAUACCGCAAGAGAUCCCGCCUCCUGCACCCAGACAAAGUCAAGCGUGCCUUCAUUGCCAACGCCUCCAAGGACAAAAGCAAAUCCAAAUCCAAUCAGCCAGGAGUCCACGUCAACCGCGGGCCCUCCAAGCGCGAAAUUGACACUGCCAUCAAGGAAGCCCACGAGCGUUCCCAGCGUCUCAACACCGUUGCCAAUAUCCUCCGCGGACCUGCCCGCGAGCGCUACGACCAUUUCCUGAAAAACGGGUUCCCCAAAUGGAAAGGCACUGGCUAUUACUACUCGCGCUUUCGCCCGGGGCUGGGAAGUGUCCUCGUAGGACUGUUUUUGGUUUUCGGAGGUGGCGCGCAUUACGCGGCUCUUAUUCUAGGGUGGAAGCGUCAGCGGGAUUUUGUGGAUCGGUAUGUUCGUCAAGCGAGACGUGCGGCUUGGGGCGAUGAGUUAGGCAUUCGCGGGAUUUCUCCCACUAUGGGUUCUGCCGAUGUUUCUGCUCCCCCUCCUCCUCCUCCCGCCGCUGGUGCGGAGGCCGGCGAAACCACGGCUGUUCCUAUGAACCGUCGCCAGAAGCGAAUGAUGGAGAGGGAAACCCGCAAGGAGGGCAAGAAGGGUAAUAGCGGCCGAACCAGCCCCCGGAACACAGGCACAUCCACUCCCACCACUCCCACCACUCCCACCAGUGAAUCUGUCGCGCCCACCGGGGAACGGAAGCGGGUCAUUGCAGAAAACGGCAAAGUGCUGAUUGUGGAUUCGGUCGGCAACGUGUUUCUGGAGGGAGAGACCGAAGACGGUGAGAAACAGGAGUUUUUGCUCGACGUGGAGGAAAUCCAUCGUCCGACUUUCCGUGAUACGAUGGUUUUCAAGCUCCCCGGUUGGAUCUAUCGCAAGACGGUUGGUCAGAUCCUGGGGUCCUCUGCCGUUGCCGAGAACGAACCUUCCGAGGAGGAGCAGGUGGAUGCUGUUGUGGCGGAAGAAAUAAGCAGCUCUGCGGUCGCCUCCGGAGGUUCAUCUAGAAGACGAGGAAAGCGUUCGCAAAGAUCCUGAGCAUACUUUAUUAUUAUUGUUGUUGUUGUUGUUGUUGUUGGGUGGGUGGGGGCUGUUAGGUCGUCUAGCUGCAAAACAAUCGCUUAUACAUAGAAGGGCUAGUUAACUAACUUUGAUGGGUUGGAGAUGUAUAGAAAUGCUUGAUCUGUUUUCCAAGCAAUAUAAUCAAAAAGUAUCUUGAACCUGUGAAUUGAACCU